CAACUAUUCAUGGAAAUAUGAAUUUAACAACCUUUACUUGUGAAGAUGACGACUUUGAAUUUGAAGGCCAUAGAUUAAAUGUUGGCGACAGGGGUGAUUUUGUUUUGUGCAACAAACUGUGUGAAGGUGUUGGGCGUCAUCGCCAUAUAGAUUAUUGCAAAGAUCCCACCUGCGAACUUGGAGGUGCUAAAAAGGAAGGCCUUCUUGAGCAUAUUACAGCAAAAAUUGGCCCUUUCCCAAAUAAAAAAAAAGACUAUGUAUCUCAUCGUGUUUUUUGGGAACGAACAGGGUUUAAAGAUCCUUAUUCUACGAAUGAUCGUGAAGAAUUCAAAAAAUGUGAUCAUGAAUGCAUUGAUGAAAAGCAUCAUAAUAAAGUUGAAGGAAAAAACCCGGUUAAAUCUUACUGUACACAAAAAAUUUUUCAUCCUAGUUUGGAUCAUACUUCCAACACUACUCCGGAUGGUACGGGUUAUAUUUCAGCCGAUGGACAUCAUUUUUCAUGUGAAAAUCCAACGAUAAGUGUCGGAAAUUUUCACAUUAUAUUUGUAAUUGACAAGAGUGGUUCAAUGCGAAGUACAGAUUGUAAACCACUUUGCAACAUCACUAAGCUAUUAAGUUUGAAACACAACCAUAAUAACCGAUUAGGUGCUGUUAUGGAAGCAGUAUUUACAUUUAUAGAAACUAGAAAAAAAUCACGGAAAUCGACACAAGUUGGGCAAAUGGCAAUCGAUCGAGAUACUGUAUCUCUUAUUCUUUUUAAUGAAAAAGCCACCGUCGCAUUCGAAAAUAGAACUCUAACAAACUCGGAAGAGCUUCUACGCGUGAUGAAGGAAUAUACUGCAGAAGGUGGUACUAAUUUUGCAAAUGGGAUUAACAAGGCCACAAAACUAAUUAAGACGCAUCGUGAUCCUUCGAAAAUCAAUUUAAUACUUUUUUUAUCAGAUGGUUGUGGUUCAGCUCCAGAAGAAGAAUUACGUCAUCUUUGUCAGCUAGAAACAGAUUUAGGAUUUAUGCCGUUUAACCAAAAGUCUAAUAACUCUAAUGUAAAUUCAUUAGAAAAAAUGGUCGAUAUCGCAAAAGAAUAUCUUCCAAAAGCAUAUGAUAAAGAUUCUUUAAAGUGUGGAUAUGUUCAUGCCGUUGAUGAAAUCAAUUUAAUUAACCAUUUCACACAGGAUCAUGAAGUGAAAGCAACUGUGAGAGAGUGUAUGCAUAAUGCUGGCUACAUUGAACAUAGGCAAUCUGAAAAUUUAGUGUUUAUAAGUGAAUGCUGCCGUAAUUUAUUGAUUGAAACUUUAAAUGAGCAUAAUUUAUCAGUUGGGUCAUUCUUAAUCGUUGAUUGCGGAAGAAUUGUAGAUCUUACAUUUAGAACAUUAUUACAUGGCAUGAAAUUUAGUGAAAUUAUCGAACGUAGUGAUGAUUUCUGUGACAGUUCUUAUGUUAACCGUGAAUUCCUUAAGUUCCUUGAAAUCCUACCAAAGGAAUUGGAUAUUGAACGUAUAUACCCUACAUUGAUGCAGUAUAUUACCGGUAAAGUAAGAGAACAAAUGGAGGAAUAUGAAUGGCUGAUCGAUUUAGAAUUUCAAACCGUGAUAAAUAUAUUUGAUCUCGUUAUUAAAAAGAUUAUUGAUUUGAUUCAAAGGUAUUGUGCGCGGACAAGUUACGCAGUUAUGUUUUUAAAAGGCGAGUUUAGCGAAAGUCAAUACUUAAAAACUCAAAUUCGACGAUAUUUUGCGACACAAAUCCCAAUUAUUGCCUUUCCUAAACAUUCCAUAGCAAGUAUUAAAUAUUCUCAAGAUAAUUGGUUUAUUUCUUAUUCUCAUAAUUAA